AUGACGCAUACCUAUACACUUCGAUCAGAUGACAUUCCCCUCGUUGGUAUUUACGCGGACGUCGUGGGUAAUGUCAAUGAAGCGACAAUUGAAUUAAAGAAACAUGGAAUUCACGACAUCUACAAAGUACCAGUGUCUAAUGCUCACUUCAACGAUGAGGACCGCUUGCCAUGGCUUGAGCUUCUACGCGCAUGCAUCCAAGGAGGGGAAAGGGUGAUCCAACAUAAUGCUCUCAGUCUCAUAAGAGAAAUUGAACAGAGAGAACAGGAGAAUGAAUCCCUUAGAAACAACACUAAACAGCUGGAGAGAAAGUUAGAACAAUCCCAAGCUACUCAGGAUAAAAUGAAAAAUGAGAUCGCGGGGCUAAAGAAGGGGAUUUCCAAGGAGAGAUGGAAGUCGAAGGAAAUGGAAGUAUCGUUGAGCGAAAAUGAGAAACGAGCCAAAGAUGAUAAAGAGAAAUGCAGGAAGGAGAGGAUUGUGAUGGAGGAGAAGAUGAGGGCAAAGGACCAACAGCUGCUAAACCUCAAAAGAAAACUGACCAGUACUGAACAGAAAGAGAAAACUUUGAAAGAUGAGAUGGAAAAAGUGAAAACAGAAAGGAGUGAGUUAAGCAAGAAAUUGGACUCUUCAAAAAGGAAGAUAGACGAACAAAAACGGAACGAGACCACUCUUUUACAGAAUAUUAAACAACUUAAGGCGAGAAUAGCUGAAGCUGAAAAGGAACAACCCUCUGUGAGCGCAGAGAGAAAGCAAGAGCUAGAGUCUUUGCAGCAAAGUGAGAGGUCAUUGCAAAGAAAACUUGUGGAGAAAGAGCGAAAAGUUAAAUCGCUUACACAAAAAAUGGAUCAAUUAACAGAAAAGCAUACGCAGGAUACGAAAAAGAUGGAGCUAGAGCGAGAGUCUUGGCAGCGACGUGAGAAGACAUUGCAAGGAAAAAUAAAAACUCUGACUCAAAACAAGAAACAAUUAACAGAAGAUUAUGAGAAUGAUAAAGAGAAAAUGGAAAACGACAAGCGUGUAUUGGCAGCGGACAUGAAGGAAAGGGAAAAGUCUUUAAUGCAAAUUAACAUAAAACUUGAACAUGUUGAAGAGGAAAAACGAUCUUUGGAAGAAGAGCUUAAGAAGCGAGAAGAAGAAGCUUUGAAAAGGACUGUGGCAGAGAAAGAGCGUGAAGCAGUAUCCGUCAAGAGGAAAACAGAAGAAUCCCAUAGAACUUGGGAGGAAAAAAGGACUCGAUUGGAAGAGGAAAUAUCGUCAUUGGAAUCAAGCUGGAAAAUUGAACGUGAUAUACGACAGCAGCGUACAUGGCGCAUGGAACAACUUGAACGUGAGGCCAAGAAACUUCGAAACAAGAUCCAAAGAGAAAGUGAAAUACGGCAAUGGGAAAAGAAGAACCAACGUCAAUGGAUGCAGACCUUCAUCACUUGGGUGUCUCCAAGGAAAGAUAAUCGUCAUGAGCCGUCAAUGUAUUCGAACAUGUCUAAUGUAAUGGGAGGAAUGUACGGGGAUGCCACAUCCCAAACAAGUCUCAGAGAAGAGCCCCCGAAUGAUGACUUCGCACAAAUCUUAAAGCAAAUCGCCGACGAUCUUUACGACGAUGCCAGCAUUGACAGUCUUGGUGGCCAGCUUGGUAUCAUCCAAGGAGACAUUGAGAGGGCGAUCAAAACCAAUAUGAGGUUUCACCAGAUUACCAGUAACGGAACCUAUGGCAUGUUGAAGGAAUGGAGGAGAGGCGUACCUCGGGAAGAUGAACGGAUAGAAUUGAAAAGGGCUCUUGUGGCUGCCAAGUUGACGAAGCUUGCCGAAGAUUACUUUCCAGAGGAGGGUCCAUCAGGUUUUGAAGAUGGAAGGACCGAUAUAUUGCACUUCCGGGAGGAAGUCCAAGAGGACGAAUUUGCAUGCAUCUUAACACGGAUAGCUGACGAUCUCGUUGAUGAACGUCAGAUCGAAAGCCUUGGGCGUCAUCUUAGAAUCCAACAAGGUGACAUAGAAAGAGCUCUGAAGAACAAUGUGAGGUUCAACAAUGUAACUAGGGAUGGAACCCUUCAUAUGCUGAAACAGUGGAGGAAAGGCGUGUCAAGGACCGAUGAACGUGUCGUAUUGAGGAAGGCAAUGCUGGCGGCAAACUUGAUCGAACUUACAGAUCGGUAUCUCAGUGAAUUAGCUUUAACACAAGGUCAAUCCGGUUCUGGUGACCAAGUGCUUAACUUAUUACCAUGUAGUACCAUGGACCUACGAGGCAGUACAGAGGACUUGGAGCCACCCAACGAACCCGCUGAAGGGGUGCAUCCUGCAGGCCUGACCAAUGUCGGUAUGAGUCCACCUUCCAAACCACCAACAGACAAUGACGGCGACACCACACCUGAUGAGGACGUGUCACGGAGUACCGCUCGUGAGUGUCUUGGUGCAGAGAAAAUCAACGAGGAAUCGCUUACUUACAACCAAGCGCAUGUGGACAGUACUAUCGUCCAGAGAACUGAUACCAUCUCUCAACUGGUUUUUAUUGAUCCAACUUGGGAGAAGAUGUUGAUUGCUAUCAUGUUAAGUGUGUUAUUGGAUGUCCACAAGAAAACCCUAGAGGCCUAAUGCACAAGUAACAAAGCUAGAUCAAUCUCCCCACUAGAGAAGUAAAUGCAGUGGCCUGGGAAAGAUUUGAUAUAUACAUUUAAAAAAAAAGUUUUCCACUCCCGAACUCU